AGCAAGCAGUAGGUACCUACCUUAGUGUGAUUCGCCUUCUCGUAAGCCAGUUUCCAGUUCGAAUGGUCGUCGAUUAGACUCUUCAAGAUCAGGAAGUCGCUAUCCUCUGCAAUCUUCACCUCCCCGAUCUUCAUUUCCUGAAAGACAGAAAAUCAUGGAUAAUCCAGACCUCAAAAUCAAAAUCGCGGAAUGGCUGCUCUGGGACAAGAACGAAAAUACUCUAGAAGAGAUUAAAAAUAUGAUUUCCGAGAAUGAUCACGAAAAGUUGUCGAACUUGCUGUUGAACAGGCUGAAAUUUGGGACAGCAGGUCUCAGAGGAAAGAUGCAGGCAGGUUAUGCAGGUAUGAACGAUCUGGUCAUUAUACAAACAGGUCAAGGCUUGUUGAAGCAUUUGGAGAAGAGCGAGAAAAGCCUGCUGGAAACAAACGGAAUCGUUAUAGGUUAUGAUGGAAGACACAACAGUAAAAGAUGGGCAGAAAUAACAGCAACUAUAUUCGUACAAGCAGGAUACAGAGCCAGGCUAUUCGGCAAUCUAGUUCCAACACCUUACGUCCCAUUUUCUGUUAGAAAAUACAACUGUGCCAUAGGGAUCAUGAUAACAGCAUCCCAUAAUCCCAAAGAAGACAACGGUUACAAGGUGUAUGCUUCUAACGGCGCUCAAAUACUGAGCCCCAACGAUAAAUACAUCCAAGAACACAUCAAGGGGCAUUUAGAACCUUGGCCGAAUUCCUGGGAAACCCAUAUCAUCCAGAAUAACGAGCUGAUCAUAGAUCCUCUUGAAGAAGUGGCGCAGGACUACACGCAGCGCGUAAAAGCCAGCAUACUCCCUGAACAUCUAGAAUUGAAUAAGAAAUUUAGUCAUAUGUACACGUAUACUCCGAUGCAUGGUGUUGGUUACAAUUAUGUUAAACGAGCUCUAGAUGCAAUCAAUAUCAGAUUUAAGGCAACACCGGAGCAGAAAGAUCCUCAUCCUGACUUUCCGACAGUGGUAUAUCCAAAUCCAGAGGAAGGAGCCAGUUGUCUUGAUCUCUCUUUCAAACUUGCAGAAAAAAUUGGCAGCACAAUAAUAAUAGCUAAUGACCCGGACGCGGAUAGAAUGGCAUGUGCAGAAAAAGAUAGUAAAACCGGGAAAUGGAAAAUUUUCACUGGCAAUGAGCUUGGGGCUCUACUUGGCUGGUGGUUACUUCAGUGCUUCAAAUCAAAUAACCCUAAAGUUCCCAUGAAUGAUGUUUAUAUGGUAUCGAGUACUGUGAGUUCGAUGAUUUUGAAAACGAUGGCAGCCAAAGAAGGCUUCAAUUUUGUUGAUACUCUCACUGGUUUCAAAUGGAUAGGAAAUAAGGCCUUAGAACUGACGAAACAAGGAAAAUACGUCAUAUUCGGAUUCGAAGAAGCCAUAGGAUACAUGUGUGGUCUGCAAGUCAUCGACAAAGACGGAGUUAGCGCUGCAUGUCACAUGACCACUUUCGGAAACUUCUUGAAGAGCCAGAAGAAGACGCUUCAGGAUAAACUAGAUGAAAUUUAUAGCACAUAUGGAUAUCACGUGUCAUUGAAUUCGUACUAUAUAUGUUAUUAUUCUCAUGUGAUUCAAUCUAUAUUUGACAGAAUAAGGAAUUAUACAGGACCUAAGAUGUAUCCCAAAAGUGUUAAGAAUGGCGAAUAUACAAUCAAAAAUAUAAGGGAUUUAACUACAGGGUACGAUGAUGCACAGGCAGAUAAGAAAGCAAUCCUUCCCGUGGACCCAUCUAGUCAAAUGAUAACGUUUUACUUCACCAAUGGUUUGGUUGUUACACUUAGGACCAGUGGUACUGAGCCAAAGAUUAAAUAUUACACAGAAAUGUGUGCACCACCUGAACAGACGGAUAGGGAGAAAAUAGUUGCUACUAUGACAGAGCAAGUAGAAGCAGUAAUUAGAGAAUUUCUGGAACCUGAGAAAAGGAAUUUGAUUCGAAGAAGUUCGUGAGCAGUUUGAAGAUUUUUAGAAGUAUUGAUACUCCAUUGAAGUUGUGAUAAAUCAUUCCGUAUAAGUAUAUGUAUAUCUAUAAUACAUAUUCGAGUUGAAUAGAUAUUACUGCAUUAUGCAAAAUGAGGAUGUUUAAGAUCAUAUUGAUAUUUUUCUUGAUAUUAUAAAAUUUUUGUUGUUCCCGAGAAAAAAUGGAAUCGAAUUAAAAUUGUAUAUUGAAUUCAACAAAUAAAAAUUUAAUUUUGA